CUGCGUGCCCCUCUGCGCGAGGCGGAGCGGCGCUUGCGCAGUGCCGGCAACGGCUGGCGUCGCCCGCGCCCCCUCCCCCCGCCCCCCGCCGUGCCCGCGCUCCCCCCUCGCCCCCAUGCGGCGCUGAGGCGGCGGCGGCAGCGGGGCGGCCCAGGGGUGGCGGGGACCGCUGGGCGCCAUGGAGGGCAUGGACGUGGACCUGGACGCGGAGCUGAUGCAGAAGUUCAGCUGCCUGGGCACCACCGACAAGGACGUGCUGAUCGGCGAGUUCCAGCGGCUCCUCGGCUUCCAGCUCAGCCCCGCCGGCUGCGCCUUCUUCCUCGACAUGACCAACUGGAAUCUGCAAGCCGCCAUUGGAGCCUACUAUGAUUUCGAGAGUCCAAAUAUCAAUGUACCCUCCAUGUCCUUUGUUGAAGAUGUCACCAUAGGUGAAGGAGAGUCCAUCCCUCCUGAUACCCAGUUUACGAAAACGUGGAGGAUACAAAACACAGGGACAGAGGCGUGGCCCCCGGGGGUUUGUCUGAAGUACGUGGGGGGAGACCAAUUUGGCCACGUAAACAUGGUGAUGGUCCGGUCCCUGGAGCCGCAGGAGAUCGCAGACGUCAGCGUUCAGAUGUGCAGCCCCAGCACAGCAGGAAUGUAUCAGGGACAGUGGCGAAUGUGCACCGCCACAGGACUCUAUUAUGGAGACGUCAUCUGGGUGAUCCUCAGCGUGGAAGUUGGAGGACUUCUAGGUGUAACACAGCAGCUGUCAUCCUUUGAAACAGAGUUCAACACGCAACCGCAUCGCAAGGUAGAAGGAAAUUUUAACCCAUUCGCCUCUCCACAGAAGAACAGGCAACCAGAUGAAAACAACCUAAAAGACCCUGGGGGUUCCGAGCUAGGCACAAUCAGCAAAAACACAUGGGGGCCUGCUCCUGACCAAAUCGAACAAGAUCAGAAUGGACUGUCACAAAACUCUGUAAAUCUCUCCCCCAGCAGUCACUCGAACAACUUGUCGGUAGUGACAUACAGUAAGCUGGUGUGGGGAGACUACAGAGCUCAACAUUUUGAUCCCAGAAGCUACCUGUCAGGAACAGUCAAUCAAAGGACUAUUCCUGUCUGUGUCCUUGUCUUGUUUAUAAUUGGUUUCCACGGUCCUUAUCCCUUCGGACAGUCUUAAAACACAAAAACACAAAACGGGUAUUGACAAGAAGAGAAUUUAACAAAGAACUGACUUUUGGGGGAAGGGAGGGGGAUUCAUGUGGCAGACAGACACAACAUGGACCCCCUCCUUCUCUGCCUUCGUGUUCUGGAUAAAGAAGAAAAAAAAAAACAAACCCAGUAACUUAAGACUAGCUGUUUCCAGAGGAAAAUAUGAAAUCUAAGUAUGCAUGUGUGAAUGCUGGAUUUCAGGAGUGUUGUUUAAUGCUAUGAGAAAGAAAAUAUACCAACACCAUGGGUUUUUUUAGAAAUCAUUCUCACACAUAAUUAGGUAGCUUAAAAAGUUUUAAAAAAAUGAAAAUGAAAAAGCCAUCUUUAAAAAAGAAUAUUUUGCCUACAGAGCGGUUGUAGUUUGAGGAAAUGUUUAAUUUCUGUUUGUUUCUUGUUCAUUUUUUUUAAAUAAGGGACAGCGUGCAUUUUUAUGGAACUGUCAUGUUUUGCUUGCUACCGAAUGGGAAUUUGCUUAAUAUCUUCUGGGGUUUGUGCAGUGGCUUCUUUUUGUCAGACAUUUUUUAAUGACAGGUUGGGUCUGCGCCCAGCUCUGCAUUUUUAAUAUCAUCGGCUGGUUUUAGUUACCAACUUUUUAAUCUUCUCUUCUUUCUUUUUUUUUUUAAUUUCUUUUUGGUUUGAGUGUUGCCAUUAGUUGUCCUGCACGUUGUUGGAAACCAUGCUGAAGACAAGGUCUCAGUAUCAAAGUUGGAGAGAAAGACUCUGGGACUUCUAGGAUAACGUGGAGGGCUUGUUUCUCUUCCCCUUGUACGUGACGUACACAGAAACAUACACCCAUGUUAAUAAGAAACAGAUUUAUUAAAGUUCCAGAGCUGUCCUAUGUGGUUAGCAUUUUAAAAUACCUUUUUGUAACUCUUAAUGUAUGGUAGCUGUGCCUAGAGCAACCAAUAUCAGUCUUGUGCCAAGAGGAAACUCUUUUUCUGUAGCCGUAAUUCACUUGGUAGUAGUUGCAAAGCUUUACAAAAGCCAUGUUGUUUAUAAUUUUGAAUCUCCCAUCACUUUCUUAUACUUUCAAUUCAUUUCUCCUGUGAUAAAGUAUUAGCUUAGAGGCUAAUUGUUUGCAUUUUUGAAUGCAGAGCAAGAGUUAGCAUCAUCAGCUGGAUUCCACUCUGUUGCCUUGUUACUCAUUCGCCUUUGUCGUCCUGGCUUGUAGCUUCGGUGAGGUUCUUACCUUCUCGAUGGGCUCUCCAGGGCUCAGUAUUAGAGGAGGAAUCGCUCCUCUAGAGAUUUGGGUUGCUCUGCUCUUCCUCCCGUGUAUUUUCCUCCAGUUAAGGAUUAGGAAGCCCAGUGUGAGGGGAGGGAGAACGGCCUCGAGUGCUGUGGUGGAUUUCUGAAUCGCUGUGUCACCACAGAUCCCGCUGAAGGGGAGCAAGGUGAGGGGACACCAUCUUAUUCGGAAAAGUGAACAAGGCUGGAACAGCCAUCUGCCAAAAAUACGGUAACGUGCAAAAUUCCCGCUACCUUCUUCCAGACCUUUCCAGUGAAGACUCUUGCUCUCCUUGUUGGAGCAGAGUGCAGGUUUGCUGCGUGGUGCGUGGCUUUACACGGAUUGCUCUUGACUAGUUCUUUUCUUGGUUGGUUUUGAAUGGGGGAUUCAUCUUCAUUGCAGCUACCAAGCACUCUCUUAUCUUAGUGCAUGCAGGUCUCCUGGAGGACAGUGGGAGUUCCUUGUAUCCAACAGAGGAAGAAUUCGGUGAUAAGAUUUUGUUUGUAUUUCAGAGGAUUAGUUGUUAAUGGUCUCUUUUCUGAAGUCUCCCUUCAAAAAUCUGUUUGUUGGGAGAAACAAGUAUGAUAAGAAAAUACCUGCAUGAAAGAGGCACAGCAGGAUUUGGACAGCCAGCCAUUUGCACUCACGGUUUGGUGAGCACCUGGGUCUGUUUCGGCAGCUUACGAGAGCUGGGUGAGCUCCGGAGCAAACCCGUGGAAGGUGGUGCUGCACGGCUCAUUGCAGCUGUGGCGUUUGGUUCUUGUCCUGGAACGUCAUUUUGCCUUGGAUUAGUUCUCUCCUCUUAGCAUUCAGUGUAGGGAAUGAUUUGCAUCACUGUAGCGUAGCGUGGGCAAGUGGAUCCUUUCUUCACUCCCUCCUUUCCGAGCGGCAGGCUCUGAAGGUGUGAACACAUCCCUGACCGUCACAUCUCUUGCAAUACUGCUGCUUCCCUUCUGAAGGUGUCUGUAACACUGGAGACUGCUGUUUGUCCAAGUGACAAGGUGAUUCCUUAUCUUUAUUAGCUCCUUUUAUCAGCUGUGUAGUGAAAGGGGGGAAAAAAUUAAGAUCUGAGUCUGUCUGUUAUAGCUGGUGCUGCAACCUUUGCCUUGUGUCAGCUGAGGCAUCUGGGAGACUCGAACUCGGACACCCCCGUGCUGGCUUUCUUCUGCUCCUGCGUGUAACGGCUGCCACAUUUGUGUUCCUGUGCUGCUCCUAAGACUGAAUUUUUUCUUUUUCUUGGAAAAAAAAUAAUCUUGCAUGCACCCCAAAUAGUCGUGUGCUUUCCCACUCAGAAGGCAUACUUGUUCUGCACAGACUUGAAUUCUCUCUCUCUCUCUCUCUCUCGUGUUUUCAGUCCGUGGUGUCCUUGUGAAAAGGGUCACUUACUCCAGCGUGUGAAGAAAUGCCAGGCCAGAUCCGAGUUGCUGCUGAAAUCUGCAACCUCUUGCUGCUCACACCACCGCUCCUCCCCAGGUAGCUGAGCGUGAGCGCUCUUGUCUGCAGGAGUGAUCUCUGCAAAUGAUCGUGCAGAGCUCUGGAUGCUUUGAGGGUUGGGGUUGUACCCCUGGCUGUGACAGUGAAAGAACAUUUAAAUUAGUGGUUGCUCUACCUCUGGGUUUUUCCUUGAGUAAGAACUGUUUCACUGCAGCCAAAGGUGGUUUUAUCUCCUCUGGUUCCUUGGAGCUUCAUGGUGCAGCCAGCCCUCAAAUUGCUCUUGCUGCCAGGUUUCCAGCUUUUAAGUAGAGGGAUUCGAGACAUAUUCUGCAAAGCUCUUUCCAGGUGACUUGAGGGCACUGUGAUUGUAUUGGUUUCCAUAGGGCUGAUGCAUUCGAACUCACGGAGUCUUAACAUCAGAUCCAUGAAACGACUGGCCUGAUCUUUACAAGUGCUCGAUGCCAAAUAUUUUGGUGAGCCUGAAGUGUGUGUGGCGGCUCAGAUGACCUGUCCAGGUGAGUUAGGCGCAGGGAAUUCAGGCCUGUUAGAAACGGGAGGAAAUCCCUACUGGGUUGAGACUGGUGAACCAGUAAAGAGGCUGUUGCCCCAGUGAGGCUGGUGUUCCUGAUGGGGAGAGGGAUGGGGCUGGGACCCCCGGUACGGGAGGGCGCAGAGAGGCUGCAGUGGCUCCAGUCUGAUUAACACCCAUCUGUCUUGAAGUCCUGAGGAGGAGGGAAAAGAGAAAUCUCCCUUAUCCCCACCCCUCCAAAAGAAAAAAGAUGAUGCAGAACAUCUCUGAUGUCUCUAAAAAGGAUUCUGGGUUCGAGCGUGAGCCACUAAGGAUGUGGAACCAUAUCACCAGUGCAACUUGAGCGAUGCAGCCCAGGCACCCUUCCUCAGCCUCGGCAAACUGGAGCACCAAAAUAUCCCUCGGGCUACCCCAGAAAUGGCAAUGCCACCUGAGAGGGUGCAGGGAGCUGGAAUCUGCUGCCUGUGUCUCGGGAGCGUUGGAUUCGGAGCCCUCCAAGGUUUGGAAGAUGCGGCUUCCCCACCGAGGGGCAAAGCCGUGUGGUCAGAGAGCAGCCGGAGGCUGCAGGGUUAGGAAAUGCACGCUGUCCCGCGUCUGGGUUUCUGUUGUGUGUUUAAUUAUUUUUUUCAUGUGUGAGUGCGUGGGUGGUUCUGCAGCCUGUCUAUUCUCUCUGGGGGGAGUGCAUGUGUAGAACAGGAUGGUGUGUUGCCUCAUUGAGUCUGGGAGAAGUCCUAUGAUAGCACAUUGGGGGUAAAAAUAAAGGAAACUUUUUCCUUAAUGUAUAAAUGAAUAUUUGUAUGAUUAAAUUAACACAGAAAAAAAAUGUUCUGUAGCUGUUGAG